AAUACGCACUAAUUACAGAAAUGGGUGUAGCAUACACCCUGCAAAAUGGCGCGCAUUCCUGCCCAUGACAGCUGCACGGUAAACGCGUACUACUGGGUUGCAGUCGGUGGGUGAAUAUAACCUAAGGCUAGGCUGGGUUGGGUUGGGUUUGGUUGGGUUGGGUCGGGCGGGGCGGGACGGGGUGGGGCAGGGCAGGGCAGGGCAGGGGAGAGGAUGGCAAGGCAAGGAAGGUAGGGCAGGGGCAGGGCAGGGCGGGUUGAAAUCUACCGGUUGCGGCAGAGGAGAUGGCGAGAUGGCGACGGAUUUCAGGAGAUUCUUGGUGUCCGGUUAUAGAUUGUGGUGUAGAACACGAAAAUAUUCUGAAGCGGAGAACGGCCGCUGCAGCCGCGGCAUUAGUAAGUUCGUGGGCAAUAGUGACCGCCGCCGCAGGCGAUCGUUUCCGUGAGCGCACAGUAGCUAGGGGGGUCAUACACUGGGGGGAGGGGGGGGAGGGGGGACCCAUCGUGCAUGCUCGUGCUGCAGCUGCAACAUGAGGACGGGCACACCGACGGGGACAUGCACCACACGAGAGCAGCGGCAGUCAGGGCACUGUGUGGGAUGGGAGGGAGCGAGGGGGGAGAAACGGAAUUGCGAACGAACGCUGCAGAGCAGAGGCUGUUGUUGUCUGGUGGUGUGGUAGCCUAGGCUGUGGUGGUAGCAGGCAGGCAGGCAGCAUCAUGGCCCCUAAACCAGCGGGAGACGAGUCUCCGGUGACAGCCACUGAUUCUUGGUUGGCUAAUUUAAGAUAGGAAACGUCAGCAGGAAGAAUGAUAGAGUAGACCACACUUCAAGGGCGCACGCAUCCAUUCACGCUCUUUAUAUGUCUCACGUCUCGAGCCAGAAUAGAAACCCAACUCGCCUUUCAUCAAUUCUCCUGCCUCUCUCGCUCUCCCAUUCUUCCACUCUCCCACUCUCACUCUCUCUCACUCACUCAGUCGGGAGCUCGAAAAUCGUCCGUGCCGACAUCUAUUAACGUCUUAGCAAUUUAGGGACGAAGCUUGCUCAUUCUGCAGGAAUCUACGUCUGGACGGCGCAAUGUCGAAGCUCACCACCAUGUCGGUGGUUCUGUUUAGUCUGAUAGGGCUGUCUCUUCUCCAAAUCAGUCUGGGAACGGAUGCUGCUCAAGCCCCGGCCGCGACUUCGGUCAGGCACCAUGCGACGGCCUUCCUCCACCCGCGGGAUAUGGCCACCAGGAAGAAGAGCGUCGGAGGAUUCAAGCUCGUGGAGGAGCCGACUCUCAUUCUUGACUACCAUUUUGGGCCCGUCAUGACCGGCAGGGACGAGAUGAUCAAGCUCUUCGUCAUCUACUACGGUGACUUCACCAAGCCCCAGAGGCAGACUCUGCGCCAAUUCUUCAAAUCUUUCUGGCACCCCAAGACGCAAUUUCCCGAGAGCCACCCCACCGUCGAGAAGUGGUGGCAAAUCACCCGCAAGUACGUCGAUCUCUACAAUGUGCCCGUGUCGCGCAACAUCGUGGCGGCGGGAGAACUGUUCGACGACUACUCCAUGGGCAAGGACCUCAACCAGUCCAACAUUCAGGACCUCGUCGUGAACUCGAUGACCAAGUUUGGGGCCGACGCUCGCUCCAUGUACCUCGUGCUAACUGCCGACGACGUGCUGGUCGAGGGCUUCUGCAUGAAUGUGUGCGGUACUCACUUCUACACCUUCCCCUCCGACGAGACCAGCUCGCAGAUGAUUCCUUACGGAUGGAUCGGCAAUCCCGCCACCCAGUGCCCCGAGUUCUGCAGCUGGCCUUAUGCCGCAGGAGGCAGUCUGCAGAAGGCCCUCAUUCCUCCCAAUGGCGACGUGGGUGUCGACGGUAUGAUCAUCACCAUCGCCAACAUUAUGGCUGGCAUGGCCACCAACCCUUACGGCAAUGCAUACUACCAGGGAGACGCCGGCAUGCCUCUCGAGGCGGCCGGAGCUUGCCAAGGUAUUUAUGGUGCCGGUUCGUACCCUGGCUACCCUGGAGAGCUUUUGGUCGAUGAGGCGACGGGCGCGAGCUUCAAUGUUUUCGGCGCGAAGAACACCAAGUUCUUGGUUCCCUGGAUCUGGCACCCGGACACUCUGAUGUGCGCAGGACAGGUCUGAACAGCUCUGUAAGCGAACACAAUUGUUGUAGCGGCCAAUGUUGUCGUAGGCUUGGAAGGAAGGAAGGAGAGAAUGGAAGAAGCGUUGGGCAAUAAUCGAACCGGAUACUUUGUGGUGGCAUUGUGUGCAACGUGCGCGGAGAUUCUUCGCCCGUGAGCGAUGGGAGACAGAUUUUGAUGGAGGAAGCUGCCUCUCGUUCGCUGACUGGCAAAACGCGCACAGCUUUGAAAACAGGUGAAAAAUUUUUGCCACACUGCCGCGCCGGAACCCGACUCCGGCGGCUGACUGAUUGAUUGGCUCCAUCGACGACACCGGCCUCGGCACGAUCGACCCAAGGAUGUCAUGGGAGCUCCUACAUCCAUUGCGAGUCUCAUUACGAGAUCACAGUGUACAUACUUGCUGGUGUCUAGGAUUGUAGAAUUACACGAACCCCCCUUCGUUCGUCAUGGAUGCGGGUCACAACAUCUGGUCCCAACGACCAAGUAGGAAUUCAUCGUCUGAACCUGGUACGGGCAUGCAAUGCUGCACUGCUCGACAGGCUCAGGCUGCGGUAGAAGUUACACUCUCGUGAUGGGACCCCAUGGUCUCUCUGACACAUUGUCUGGUUUGGUUUGGGACCCUUUAGAAGCCGAAGUUUGAAUUGGCAUGUCGCCGACGUGCCCAAAAAGAAUAAGAGAGCAUUUUGUAGUAGAUUCAACUGAUUUUCAUAAAAUAGUCGACGGUACGUAGCGUCGCUUACAGAAGCUCCUGUCGACGUUUGAAGCAUCCGCUAAGUAGAAGCUCUCACAAAUGUCGUUGUGUCGGUAGUCCAGCAUGGGUAUUUUUAGAACGGAAUUACCGAAUGAAAGGUUCCCAUGUUACUUCUCUCAUAUAUUUUGAAUGCUUCAAGGCUUUCUUGAC